AAAGAACGAAGAACAUUGCUGAUAUCAAACUAUUCACACUACAUUGCAGACCACACAUUUCCAGAUAUUUCGUUGCGUGGAGACAACCUUAUGCACGUGCGCACCCUCUUCCAGGGCUAUGCACGUAGCCCCGCACACGCCCCAAACUGCGCACGAGCCCCGCUGGCCAGCCAUGGCCGCCACAAAGCAUGGCCGUCAGUGCGAGAGGCGCAGCGUGUUGGAGUGAGGCGCCCUCUGUUGAUCAAGGACUGGUCGCCGGGCUACUGGCGGUGACGGCGGGACCUCACCGUGCACCGCACGUGCGCCUCUAGGCUUCACAGGCGCGCGGCGACCGAGUGUCUUGUUUGCGAGGAUGAAAUAGAAAAAAACAACUACAGCUUGACGGCCAUUUGAACGACGAGCACGGGGGGUGGGUUGGGAUGGGGGAUGGGAUGAAAGGCUACGUCUGCAACACCAGAGACCACCCCUAGGAGCGCAAUCUGUUGCCUGUGGUUGGCAGUGGUGGUGGUGGUGGUGGCUUUGUUGUUCCGCAUCGAUUCCCAGGCGUCCAGGACUAGGGCGGCGUGCAUGGCGCGAACAGACGACGUGGUUGACUGUGGUUUGCUGCCAUCAUCAUCCAGCGGGGCGCACGUUCUUCAGCCAGCCCUCGCCUUGUUUCCUCGUGAUAGUGUUUUCUCUCCCGUUCAACGUCAUGCUGCAUCGUGAGGACUGCAUGUUUACCGGAUGCACAGAGGAAGAGGUGACACGCAUAUAAGUUGCGAAAGAUGAAGAGCUGGAAAGUGAUUGCAGCGCUGCUACUUAUGUGGGUGGUGGUGAUGGUGUACAUGACCACAAGCCUGAUGGGGGGUGGAGAGGGAACAGCUCACAUUGAACGACAACUGCGCCAUGCAAUGGAAGAACUAGAUAUGCUUCAUGCCCAGAACAAAGAGCUACAACAGCUUGCCAAACUUGUGCAGGGGGUGGGAAAAGAGGAUCAAGAGGCUCACAUUCAGAAACUACAGGAGCGCCUUCAGAAAGCAACCAGUGAUCUAGAAAGACUGGGCAUCAAAAAAACUGAGCAGAGAUUAGCAGAUUACACUGGCAUAGAAACAAAAGAAAGAUCAGAGGCUUCACAACAAAGUCAUCAUUGCCCAACACUUGAGCGAGAAACAGCUAGACGAAAAGUUGAAAAUACAGCAAGAGAACUCUGGUAUUAUAUUAAUGCUAAGAUGAAUGAUUUGAGUACAAUGGCAUUGGAAAGCUCAUCUGUCAAGAAUCUUGUCCAAGAAAUGCAGAAAUCACUUGCAGGCUAUCAAAGUGUGAUGGUUGAUGAUUUUCACUCGUUACAACUUGUUGAUGGAGAUGAGGACUGGCGAAUUUCUGAGUCUAGAAAACUUGGUGACUUGGUGCAGAAACGCCUCCAUUUUUUACAGAAUCCAGCAGAAUGCAGAAAAGCUAGGGUGGUAGUGUGCGAUCUAAAGAAAGGCUGUGGAUUUGGAUGCCAGGUGCAUCAUGCAGCAUACUGCCUGCUAGUUGCAUAUGCUACAGAACGCACUCUGGUGCUGGAUUCAGAAGGCUGGAGGUAUGCAGGUGGUGGAGGCUGGGAGUCGAUGUUUCAGCCACUGUCUGACACUUGUACAGAUGCUUCAGGACAAAGUGUACAUUGGGCAGCAUCUUCCCAAGGCAGUUCUCCAGUAAGAGUUGUACACUUGCCUAUUGUGGAUGCUCUGCAUCCUAGGCCAGACUUUUUACCUCUGGCCAUCCCUGAGGAUCUAGCACCUCAGCUUAAGACUUUCCAUGGCGACCCUCCUGUAUGGUGGAUUGGUCAGCUGUUGCGAUACCUUAUGCGGCCACAGAAACAUCUUCAAGAGGACUUUGAUCAGUCAGCAAAAAAGAUGGGAUUUCAGAAGCCAAUAGUAGGAGUCCAUAUUCGACGUACAGACAAAGUAGGAGUAGAAGCAGCUUUUCACAGUCUAGAAGAAUACAUGCGGCAUGUGGAGGAUUACUACCAGCAGCUGGAACACCGCACUGGACCUGUUACACGACGUGUAUAUUUAGCUACUGAUGAUCCAGGUGUUCUGAAGGAAGCUAGAGAAAAAUAUGGGAACUACAAUUUUGUAAGUGACAAUGACAUAUCUCGGACAGCAUCACUGGGAUCUCGCUAUAGUCAGAGUUCGUUGAGGGGGAUCAUUCUGGACAUGCAUUUCUUAUCCUCAACUGAUUACCUUGUGUGCACAUUUUCUUCACAGGUGUGUCGUGUGGCAUAUGAGUUAAUGCAGACCCUGCAUGGUGAUGCGUCAACCUUCUUCAGAUCUUUAGAUGAUUCAUUCUACUUUGGUGGCCAGAAUGCUCAUAACAUGCGGGCUGUAGAAAAUCACAAAGCUUCUCGUCAUGAAGAGUUGUCCAUGCAAGUAGGCGACUUGUUAGGAAUAGCAGGAAACCAUUGGGAUGGAUUUUCUCAAGGAACUAACCGCCGUUCUGGACAAUCAGGACUGUACCCAUCCUACAAGGUGGUGAAUGACAUUGUGGCAGUGAAGAUGCCACUUUAUGUUGAUGUGAAAGAGGAUGAUAAGGAAGAUAGAACUAUGCGGUGAUAAAUGUUGUGCUCAUUUUUUAAGGGUGUUUGGGGGGAAAAUAAAACAUGUUGUGACAAAA